AUGAAAAGACGGUUCUCCUCCUCAACAUCCGGCUCGUCUUUCUCGAGGAGUCUCCGCGAAGGUGGUCGGGCGUUCUCACCCAUAUAUAAGAACCCACGUGACUCGAGCCAAACAUCAGUCUGCGGCACCCAACCACUGAGAACACAAAAUGGCCUCCAACGCCCUCGCCCCGUCAUGUACCAGCUGCAGGAGAGUCUUCGCAACGUUGACCUCAGGAGCUUCAUCAACACCGACCUCGGCAACUGGCUCGGCAAGAUGGACUUCAAGACGGUGGGCCUCGUGGCUUUGGCGGCGUUGGUCGUCCUUCUGGUCCUGGACCUGUUCACCAAGGGCCCCACGCCCUAUGGCAGGAGCCUGGUGUCCUCUGCGGCCAACGCCUGGGACAGCAUAGGCCAGACGGGGUUCAGUCAGUCCCUCCGCGGAAGUCGUUCGCUGGAGCCCGUGGUGACUGUCCUGGACGCGCUGACGGAGGCGGCGAAGAAGUGGGAGGCGCCGGAGGACAGCGUUGUCAGAAACCGGGCGUUGUAGGAUUGUCUGAAGUUGCCGAAGGAGUCGAUUAUUUGGAUCAGGAUUUUUUCCCUGAUUGAAUACAAUUUCGUUACAAGCGUUUGUUUGCGGGCAAGCGAACUGUCUUGUUUCCAGCCAACAUAGUUUGGUAUUUCUCCUUGUCAAAAUACUUAAUCGUAUUCAUCUUAUGCUUAAUUAUUUAUGUUUCUUAUGGACAUGAUGUUAUUUCUGUCACGAAUGUGUCCACAGUUCGGUAAAAUAUCAUCUUGUUUAUUUAUUUCAUUCAUAUUUUCUCAGGAAACUCUGGCUGAUAGACACAUUCAGGAACAGAAAUAUGAAAGCUUUAAAAAAUAGAUAAAUAAAUGCACAA